AAAGACAACCCCCUCUGCGAUUGUGGCAUUGAGGAAGGAACUACGGAUCAUAUUUUAUUUAAUUGUCCAUAUUUUUCCUUUAUGUAUAAGAUAUAUCUUGAGUAUGGAGAAUCCCAGCCCAUUCAAAAUUCCUUGCAAUCAAUAAUAGUCUUAAUUUAUAAAUAUCUUUGUUUUCUAUAUACAUUCUAUUUGUAUUGUCUUUAACAAUGUAAUCAGACAGCUUUAUUAUUUUAUUUAAAUUCAAAAUUGUCAUCAAUUCAAUUGGCCCAAUUGAACUUUAUAAAUAAUUGAAGUUUGGUUGACAUUAUGACUGUCGUUAUUGUCAAUGUCAACUAUACAAUUUUGAAAUCUAAUGUCAUUGCGCUGCGUCAGUUUCUCAAGAGGCACCAGUGUUCUCGCGUUUUUUUUAGAUUUCUCAAUGAGAAAUCAUUGAUUUUACCUAAUAAUGGGUACCAUAUAUAAAUUAAGAAGCUUAAAUUAACGCUCAAAAUCACAAAUGGCUGCGGAGUCGCUCCUAAAAACGAGCAAACAUAUUAAAUAUACAUCGUAUAGAAAUAUCAUCUAUCAUAGGUUUUUCGUUGGCCUUUUAUUGUUUAUUGUGCUAUCUUUAGUGUUUACAGUGUUAUUUAAUGUUUUUUCGGGUAGUUCAUCACGGACAGACUUCCAUGAACCUGUAAAUUUAGAUCCAUCGAGUGUUAAAGUGUUGCAACUUAGAAGAGAUUUGCCAAAAUCAGAGUCUCGCCUCUCAAACUGUACAUACUGGGAAUGCUUCAAUGUUUACAGGUGUGGAAGAGGCGGGCACGAUAAGAUUACAAUAUAUAUUUACCCAUUGAAAGAUUAUCAGACUGAAAAUGGACGACCUAUAUCACAGUUUUCUAAGGAAUUUUAUAUAAUAUUAGAUACUAUAAGACAUAGUAAAUAUUAUACACCAGACCCAGAAGAGGCGUGUUUGUUAGUUCCAAGUAUAGAUACAUUAAAUCAAAAUAGUUUCUCUAGUGAAUAUGUCGGAAGAGCUUUGCAAUCAUUACAAUAUUGGAACAAUGGUGAGAAUCAUAUCAUAUUCAAUAUGCUGCCUGGGAAGGCACCUAACUAUGAAUCUGUUAUCAACCUUAAUACAGGCAAAGCAAUUAUAGCAGGAGGGGGGUUCAAUACAUGGUCAUUUAGAUAUGGUUUUGAUGUGUCAAUACCAGUUUACAGUAAUAUCGCUGAAAAAAUUGAUAACUCUCAGCCCAAACAGAAAACCUACAUGGUAAUAUCAACCCAACUCAACAUACCUCAAAACUAUCUAGAACAACUUCAAAACAUUGCAUCGUCAUCAAAUGAUUUGCUGCUACUAGAUAGAUGUAAAUCAAACUCAGGUGGAGUUGAUUACACAAAACGUUGCGAGUACACAACAGGUAGAAUGUUUAAUUACCCUGAGAUAUUAAAAGAAGGAAUGUUUUGCUUGGUGAUACGAAGCGCCCGACUGACUCAAGCUGUCCUUAUGGAUAUUUUAGCUUCGCAAUGCAUUCCAAUAGUUGUUGCAGACUCUGUUGUCAUGCCUUUCAACUCUCACGUGGAUUGGAAUAAACUUUCAUUGAGUUUACCUGAAGAUAAUCUCAAGAAUUUAUUAAAAAUAGUUCACUCAGUGAGUAAUGAGAGACGUGGAGAGUUGUAUUGGCAAUUGAGAUGGGUUUAUGAUAGAUAUUUUUCUAGUAUUGAGAAGAUAACAUUGACAACUUUAGAAAUUAUAAACGAAUACCUAUUUCCACUAUCAGCUAGAAUGUAUGAAAAUUGGAAUAUGCCUGAAUAUUUGGUAAGUAAUAUUUUUGUAAUGAUGUACAUAUAUAUUAAAAAUUAAUUUGCAGUAGAAUAUUAUUAAACCUCUCCCUAGGAUACCAGUAUUUUUUUAUAUAAUUGUUUAUAUCUAAAAUUUAUAUAAUAAUAAGUAACAACUAUUUAGUACUACAUUAAUAUUUACUUUUAUGUAAAUAAAAAAAAAACAUAAUAAACAAAUAGGAAAAAGAGUUAUGUAUGGUAUAGUGUGCACUAUAAUGUUUUAUGAAGAAUGUGUGUAAAGACAUAGUUCCUAAAGAUUUUAUUUAUAAUCAAAAUUUGAAAUCUUGUUGUAAUUAUAAUUUUACUCAUGUAAGAUAGCUAAAAUAAUUUACUAUUAUAUAUAUCUAUUUCAAAUAUUAUAAUUGAAGAAACCACCAAAUCCUAUUUGUUUCUUGUUAUUUUGAAAAUUUCAACAAUAUUUUAUUUUUAUUCAUAAUGUGCACUGAGUAUGUGUUUUAUCUAGUGACUCACUUAUCAGUAUGGUUUGAUUAACUCUAAAUUGAGUAAUUGUCAAUAUGCUCGGUUUAGGCAAGCUUACUAUGGGUAUGCAAUGCACCCCAGG